CAAGAUCGGAUUAUUGCUUGAAUUCACUUUCCAUCCCGCGACCUUCAAGUGGACUGUUAUAAUGGACUCACAACUCAUCAAGACUGUCAAUCAUCUUCAGGAUGCGUUCACCAGUGUUGGUGUGGCCAAUCCCAUCGAUUUGCCACAGAUUGCCGUGGUUGGAAGUCAGAGCAGCGGAAAGAGUUCUGUAUUGGAGAAUAUUGUUGGAAAAGACUUUUUGCCUCGAGGAUCUGGCAUUGUAACUCGCCGACCUCUAGUUUUACAGCUGAUCAAUCGUCCCAAUUCAAAGGGUGAGAUUGGUGGUAUUGCUGCAGGAACUGAUAAACCGCCUAGUUCCCCUUCUACUCCUGGAGCAAAAUCAGCCACUACUUCUAAUGCAGCCGUCACUGUCGAAGAAGGUGAUGAAUGGGGAGAGUUUUUACACAUCCCAGGAAAGCGUUUUACAGACUUUAACGAAAUCCGUGAUGAGAUUGAUCGUGAAACUGAAAAAACUACUGGAAAAAAUGCUGGAGUGUCGUCCAACCCCAUCAAUCUGCGCAUUUACUCGCCCAAUGUGCUCACACUGACACUAGUGGAUUUGCCCGGUCUUACUAAGGUGCCUGUUGGAGAUCAACCAAAAGACAUUGAGAAACUUAUCAAAGAUAUGAUUCUCAAAUACAUCAGCAAAAGCAACGCAAUUAUCCUUGCUGUUACCUCUGCCAACACUGAUUUGGCCAAUUCCGACGGCCUAAAGCUUGCUCGUGAGGUGGAUCCAGAAGGUGUGCGUACAAUCGGUGUUCUUACAAAAAUUGAUCUCAUGGAUCAAGGCACCGAUGUUAUUGAUAUUCUUGCUGGUCGAGUUAUUCCAUUGCGUUUGGGUUAUGUUCCGGUUGUUAACCGUGGCCAACGUGAUAUUGAGAACAAAAAGAAAAUCUCUCUUGCCCUUGAAGCCGAAAAAAACUACUUUGAGAAUCACGCCUCGUAUAGAAGCAAAGCUCAGUACUGCGGUACGCCUUUUCUGGCUCGCAAGCUUAACAUGAUUCUGAUGCAUCAUAUCAAAAAUACUCUCCCUGAAAUUAAAGCCAAGAUUCAGUCUGGUCUCACCAAAUUUCAACAAGAGCUUGUUACUCUUGGCGAUCCACUUGGAGAAGACUCUGCAAACAUGUCCAACAUUAUUCUUAAUGUCAUUACUGAAUUUACUAGCGAGUAUCGCACUGUCAUUGCGGGCACGUCGAAUGAUUUAUCCAGCGAUGAGCUUAGUGGUGGUGCUCGUAUCAGUUUUGUGUUUCACGAAAUUUAUGCUGCGGCUAUUCGUUCCAUGGAUCCAUUUGAUCAGGUCAAGGAGGUUGACAUUCGCACAAUCUUGUACAAUUCUUCGGGCUCAUCUCCUGCUCUGUUUGUUGGAACGGCUGCAUUUGAAAUUUUGGUAAAGCAGCAGAUUAGACGUCUUGAAGAUCCUUCUCUCAAGUGUUGCACAAUGAUCUAUGAUGAGCUUGUUCGUAUCCUGAACCGCCUUUUACAGCGUCCUAUUUUUAAGCGCUUCCCAGCCCUCAAGGACAAGUUUUACAAUGUUGUGAUCAACUUUUUCCAGCGAUGCAUGAAUCCAACCAACAAGUUGGUAACUGAUCUGAUUAAUGCAGAGGCAUGCUACAUUAACACUGGCCACCCUGAAUUUAUUACUGGCCACCGUAAUCCACCACCUAUUAUGGAUCAGAUUCAAGGGAAAAACCCUAAUGAGCGAAAGCCUCCACCUCCUGCUACUCUUGCUGCAGCACUUCCCCAGAGAGAUCCCAAUGCAGAUGUGAUAAAUCAGAGUGGGCAAAACUUUUUUGGUAGCUUUUUUAAGCAAAAAACGAAGCCUGGUGUUCUUGAACAGCCCCCUGCAGUCCUAAAAGCGUCUGGUAAUUUAUCCGAGCGUGAACAAAUUGAGACUGAAGUUAUUAAACUUUUGUUGAUGUCAUACUUUAAUAUUGUUAAGCGCACCGCAGCAGACCUUGUCCCCAAGGCUAUCAUGCUGAAUCUGGUCCAGCUCUCCAAGGAUGAGCUUCAGCGUGAACUACUUUCAGAGCUUUAUAAGAGAGAAGAGUUUGACGAGUCUCUUAAAGAAAGUGAGUUCACAGUUCAGAGACGAGUAGAAUGCAAAAAGAUGAUCACCGCUCUCAAAAAGGCAGAUGAGAUUAUUGCCACCGUGUAAAGCUGUCCCGACCAUCAUCAACAAUCCUACACCAGAUUUAUUGCAGACAUUCCGUUUAGCCUCGUACUUUUUCUUUGCCAGUACUUGACCGUUUUUUUGCGUACCAUUUUUUAUCGCUUUAAGAAAAUUUACAACCGUAUUCAUAUAAAAUGGAGCAUUUGUAUUUAUCUUGCAGUCAAACUUUGGAAUAAACAAUGGUUAAAUAUUUGGU